UUUUUGAAGUUUAAAUGUGAAACAUGUUAGUCAAUCAACCCCCCCAAGUCCCCAACGUUCUUCCUUUCCGUGUAAAUGAUGGCUGUGUCACCUCUGCUUCAUACGCAAGCCAUUCCAAUCCCUCCUCCACUCCAAUCCCACCAUUCCCCACUCUUUACUACCCUCCCCAAAAGGACCCUAAUUCUCCAUCGAAACCCUAACCCUAACCCCAGUAGACCUGCCAAGAUGGUGGCCCAAGCAGGCAGCGUGCAGAGCGCAGUCUCAGCGGCAGUGAAGCUGAUCCAGUCGUCCCCUCCCACAUGGCAGUCGGCCCUCCUCAGCAACCUCAUUAUCUUCGUUCUGGGUUCACCAAUUCUGGUCUCUGGCCUCUCACUUUCGGGCAUUGCGUCUGCUUUCCUUCUGGGCACUCUCACUUGGCGCGCUUUUGGUUCCUCUGGGUUCCUUCUCGUUGCCACCUACUUCAUCAUUGGCACGGCGGUAACAAAAGUGAAAAUGGCACAGAAGGAGGCUCAGGGGGUUGCUGAGAAGAGAAAAGGAAGAAGAGGACCAGGCAGUGUUAUUGGUUCCAGUGCUGCUGGUUGCGUCUGUGGUUUUCUUUCAAUCUUUGGAGUAGGGGGAGCGGCAUUUUCUCAGCUUUGGAAACUUGGAUUUGUUGCCAGUUUUUGUACUAAGUUGAGUGAUACUGUCUCCAGUGAGAUAGGGAAGGCAUAUGGCAAAAUAACAUAAGUGCAGCUGAAGCAAUUAUAUGCAUAAUAGCUUCCCAGAUUGCUAAUGUUGGUGAAAGUAUAAUAGGUGCUGCGCUUCAAGAGAAGGAAGGAUUUCAAUGGCUUGACAACAAUGCUGUCAAUAUUAUCAAUAUAUCUAUGGGCAGCAUUAUAGCUAUCCUGAUCCAGCAAGCUGUGUUCAGAAACUGACAUAUGCAAAUGCACCGUCAUCUCUCCUAGGGCUUCUCAUCCCUUAUGCUCCUAUAUAGGGGAUGGAGAUUGGGGACAAGGCAGGUUGCUCUGUUUCCCUUUACUCUGCUAUCAUAUCAAUGAAGAAUUACAAUUUCUCCCAAUUUUCGUCUGACAACCUGAGUUCCUGUAACAUACAUUGAAUUGAUUUGAAAAAUUGAAGCGCCAUGGAGAAGGAAGAAAGUUUGAAUCCUUUUAUUGGGACAAAACACAGAGACGGUGUUACAAAUCUUUUAAGUGUCACACAUAGCUUAAAUGUAAUCUUUAUCAUGUGUAUAAAAUCUCGUGUACUUUUCUUUUGCCGAUUUUCAAGAGAGUCAUACCCUAUGUUUGUAUCA